CGGUUCGCAUUCCCAUUGGGUGUCGGGUUUCUGGAAAAGCCAAUCAGCGGCACCGCGGUUCCGGCUUAUAAAGUCUCCGCACCCGGAGCCCAGCUGCGACUCACAGUGUCCCCAGACCGCGAACAUGCAGGUCGUGAUGCCCCGAACCCUCGUCCUGCUGCUGUCGGGGGCCCUGGCCGUGACCGAGACCUGGGCGGGCUCCCACUCCAUGAGGUAUUUCCACACCGCCGUGUCCCGGCCCGGCCGCGGGGAGCCCCGCUUCAUCAUCGUCGGCUACGUGGACGACACGCAGUUCGUGCGGUUCGACAGCGACUCUGUCAGUCUGAGGUACGAGCCGCGGGCGCCGUGGGUGGAGCGGGAGGGGCCGGAGUACUGGGACCGAAACACCAGGAUUGCUAAGAGCCAUGCACAGAUAUACCGAGUGAGCCUGAACAACCUGCGGGGCUACUACAACCAGAGCGAGGCCGGCUCUCACACCUACCAGUGGAUGUGCGGCUGUGACGUGGGCCCCGACGGGAAGCUCCUCCGCGGGUACAGUCAGGUCGCCUACGACGGCGCGGAUUACAUCGCCCUGAACGAGGACCUGCGCUCCUGGACCGCGGCGGACACGGCGGCGCAGAUCACCCGCCGCAAGUGGGAGGCGACCGGUGUGGCGGAGCAGGACAGGAACUACCUGGAGGGCACCUGCGUGGAGUGGCUCGGCAGGCACCUGGAGAACGGGAAGGAGACGCUGCAGCGCGCAGAACCCCCCAAAACAUACAUGACGCACCACCCCAUCUCUGACCAAAGAGUCACCCUGAGGUGUUGGGCCCUGGGCUUCUACCCUGCGGAGAUCACUCUGACCUGGCAGCGGGAUGGGGAGGACCUGACCCAGGACACAGAGCUUGUGGAGACCCGGCCUGCAGGAGAUGGGACCUUCCAGAAGUGGGCGGCCGUGGUGGUGCCUUCUGGACGGGAGCAGAGAUACACGUGCCACGUGCAGCAUGAGGGGCUGUCCGAGCCCCUCACCUUGAGAUGGCAGCCGCCGCCUCAGCCCACCAUCCCUAUCACCUGGAUCAUUGCUGGUGUGGUUCUCCUUGCGGUCACUGUGGCCCUGAUUGGAGCUGUGAUCUGGAAGAAGAAGCGCUCAGGACCAGGACUAGGAGCUUCCUCUAGGAUCUCAUGGCCCAGCCCUGUUCUGGCCUCUGACAUGAUGUUUUCUUCCCACAGGAGGGAAAGGACCAGGCUACUCUCAUGCUGCAGGUGAUGACAGUGCCCAGGGCUCUGAUGUGUCUCUCACGGCUCCUCAAGUGUGAGACCAGCGGCCUUGCGGGGACUGAGUGAUGCAAGAUGUGUUCACACCCCCACUUGGUGACAUCAACAACCCCCGACUUCUCUUUCCGCAAAAGGUGUCAGAUGUGUCUGUGUUCUUAUGAGCAUAAUGUGGGGACAUGAGGAGAUUUGCCCGCCUAACAACCACGACCCCUGCCUAUGCUGAUUUGCAUUCUCUUCUCUGAUGUGCUUUCCUGUUCCAGCAGAGGCGGGGCUGGACCAUCUCCAUCCCUGACUUUAUUUCACGUUGGGCUGAGUACUAAUGACUUAUUUCCCUACGAAAAUUAGAAUCCAGAUAUAAGUUUUCUUUCCUAAUUCUUGACAUGUGGGGCUGAUGAGGUAAUAAAAGAGGAAAUUUGUAAUGUUGAGACAGCAAAUAAAUGAAGCCCUGAGAACCUUCCAGA